GGCUUACUAUGAAUAACGAAUUGUGACAUUAUGAAGCUUCAAAAGUCUGCUCCUUACGUGCCUACCUACUGCAUUCAAUAGGUCUUGUUUUUAUAUUCUUAGAUAUAAGUCGUCUGGUCUUGCAGAAUUACCACGACAAAGUGUCAGAUAUAUCUAUAUUGUGAUUCAUUUACAUCCGAUAUAGAUAUAUAAUAUGCAUCGAUCCGAAGAGAGCGCCAAGAAAAUCCUAGUUUGCUCUUUACUUCAUCCCUUUGCCUAAAACAUAUCUGGGUGCUUUAUUCAAGAUGGCACCAGUCAUCAUUCUAAUACGCCACGCCGAAGCUCUACACAAUAUUACACACGAAUGGGAAUUACCUGAUCCAGUCCUGACUGAGAAGGGUAUAGAACAAUGCAAAGCUCUCGCAACCAAACUUGAAUCGAGUUUCAACUUUGCUCCAGAUGCGUGCCGCAUAAUAGUGAGCCCUUUGAGAAGGACGUUGCAGACCGUACAAUAUGGUCUGCAGUGGCUUCGAGAUCGUGGAGUUCCUACCGAGGUUCGUGCGGAAUGGCAAGAAACCACAGAUAAACCUUGUGAUAUUGGCGAUGAUCCUACUACAAUCAAAGAUGAAUGGCCCGACUUCGAUUUCUCGACCUUAGACCCAGUCUAUCCUCAGAAGACUGGUCUGUAUGCAAACUCAGAAGAUGCCUUCCAGGAGAGAGCCUCAUUCGCCAAACAAUGGCUCUUCGAACGUCCCGAGGAGUGCAUCGUCGUUGUCACACACUCGGGAUUCUUGAGGAGGGUCAUCAAGGGGCCGAAAUAUCAGAACGUGGAGUAUAGGACAUAUGAGCUCGUCAAGGAUGCGGAUGACCUAAAACUUAACGAGAUCGACAGGCAUGUCUUUGAGCAACCAUAGAAGCCCUUGCACCGGUGAGAAUUACAGGGCAGGUCGAAAACACCGGUAGCAAUCAAUUAAUGGUAUGGCAAGGGAGAGAAACACAUGUGCCCCUCGCUUAGAGGAAUGCCUGGUUGCAGUGAACUAUAAGUAGGUAGCUAAGGAAUAACAGUUAUUAUCUGCAAUUUUCUGCAAUAAUAGACAAUUUAUUACUCAGAAUCAUAUUUGAUGAUGGUCACAACACUAUUGAGCAGACACAAUAUAAUUCAACUGACUUGCUUGCAUAUCCGAUGAAACGCCGUAUCCGAUGACACGUAUCGCCCACAAGAGAACGGAAUGAAACGCAAGAGACGCAAGAAAUGCAAGAGACUGCAAGUUGCAAUGUCGCCGAGAUUUACCAUGGGAACCCAAUGUCUAGAGUAUAUCGGAUUCCCUCAAACGAACGGCAUAUCAUAUUCUUGCACUGGACUCGGCCUCGAAGACGGUGAGAAUGAUCGUCUGUAAGCAAUCAAAAAAGGAUUGAUUAAGAAUCGGACGUGCUGAUGAAUGUAAA